GCAAGCAGAUUGCACGUUCGUUCAACCCGGCGCUAUUGGUUUUUUUAUGUUAUGAGACGCGAUACCGUUCAUGAGAAGUGCACUGUGUGUGCAACCUUUGAAAGCCAGGUUUAAUUCAGCACUGCUUAAGCGGCAAAAGGGCCUCGGCCUGCACUACCUGUCGUCACAAAACCCUCGUCGCUGCAGCGCGCGGCGUCUGUGCUCGGACGGCAUGUUAGAAAGCUUCAUACCAGUAGCGACAGACAGUGACUUCCCGCUAGAGAACCUGCCAUGGGGCGUGUGGGAGUGGCGCGAGCCCGGCUCGUCAGCUCCCAGCAUCCACGUCGGCGUCGCGCUGGGCGAGCACUGCGUCUCGGCGACAACGCUGCAGGCUGCCGGCUAUCUCCAGGACCUGCCCGGUGCCCCUUCGGGGGUGUUCUCCCAUGGCCGGCUGAAUGAGUUCAUGGGAUCGGGCCAGCCGGCCUGGCGCGCGGCCCGCCAGCAGCUGCAGCGGCUGCUAGCCUCAGGCGAGGGCGCGGUGCGGGAUGACUUGGAGCUGAGGCAGCGGGCCAUACACCCUGCGUCUGAUGUGCGCAUGCUGCUGCCGGCCGAGGUGGGUGACUACACGGACUUCUACGCCAGCAGGCAGCACGCCACCAACGUGGGCGUCAUGUUCCGGGGCGCAGCCAACGCGCUGCAGCCCAACUGGCUGCACCUGCCGGUGGGCUACCACGGCCGCUCCUCCUCCAUCGUGCCCUCAGGGGUGCAUGUGCACCGACCCAGGGGCCAGCUGCUGCCUGCGGGCGCCGCCGCCCCCGUGUUCGGCCCCAGCGCCCAGGUGGACUUUGAACUGGAGGUGGCGGCGGUCAUGGGCCCCGGCAACCCGCUGGGCUGCCCCAUCCCGCUGGCCGAGGCCUGGAGCCACGUGUUCGGCCUGGUGCUGCUGAACGACUGGAGCGCGCGCGACAUCCAGAAGUGGGAGUACGUGCCGCUGGGGCCCUUCAACGGCAAGAACUGGGCCACCCAGAUCUCGCCAUGGGUGGUGACGUUGGAUGCGUUGGAGCCCUUCCGCACGGCCCUGCCGCCGCAGACGGAGCCCGAGGUCCUGCCGUACCUGCGGGAGGAGGCGCCGUACCGCGUCACGUACGAUGUGGAUCUGGCGGUUGACAUCGUUCCUGCGGUGCCGCACGACUCCGGAUCCGGAUCCGGUCGCGCCGCCACAGUCACCCGCUCCAACCUCAAGAACCUCUACUGGUCGUUCGCUCAGAUGGUGGCGCACCACACGGCGGGCGGCUGCAGCCUGAGGCCCGGAGACCUGCUGGGUAGUGGGACCAUCAGCGGCGACACGCCCGGCUCCCGCGGCUGCCUGCUGGAGCUGACGUGGGCAGGCCGGGACGAGCUGGAGCUGAGGGCGGAGCGGCGUCAGGGAGAAGAACUGGAGGGGGGAGCAGCGGCGGAGGGGCCAAGAGCAGGAGCCGGUGGUGUGGGGGAAGAGGCGGGGGGCGGGGCCGGGGCCGGGGGCGAGUUGCUGGGUCGGCGGAGGUACCUGGAAGAUGGGGAUACGGUGGUGCUGCGGGGCUGGUGUGGCGGCGGCGGGGGGAAGCGCAUUGGGUUCGGGCGGUGCGAGGGCAAGCUGCUGCCGUGCCGGUAGUAGUGAGACAGUUGCACAGGCGGUUAAGCGCUGCUGGGGUAGCCGUAAUAUGGAGUGAAUACCGUGCCCAUACCCUUCUUAGG